AUGCGUUUUCCAGCAGGAGCGACGGGAGCGGCGGGUGCGGCGAGUGCGGCGAGUGCGGCGAGAGGAGCAGAGGCAGCGGCAGUGGCACGGCAGCGGGUGGGAGCGAGGGCCGGGACGGCGGGGAGGAAAGAGCAGGGGGCUAUACUGUCGGCAUGGCAGCGCGUGGCUGCUUCGCUGUGCUCUCCUCUUGCUGCAUCUCUUGCCUCUUACCGUCGACUCUCGGGACGUUCCAGGCAUGUCCGCUUCUGCUGCUCUCCCUCUUGCAAUUUCUUCUUCUCUCCAUUUUGCGCCUGUGAUUUCUUCACCUUCCCGCCAUCUAUUACUUCCCACAACCUGCGCCCCUCUCUCCCCUCCCUUUCCCUUCCUAGAGCCAGUCCCCCGACCUUCGUGCCCUUCCUCCCGUCCUUCAUCUCCCCUUUCCUCAACCACCCCCAACCCCCCCUUCCCCCACCCUUACGUCCCUUCCUUAUAUCAGGCGGCCAUCCCGCCGUCUACAUAGUCCGCCUGCGCUCCGCGCCCGCCAUCCCCGCAUACGUCGGCGGAAUCCCCGGUUUCCCCGCGACCGCCUCCCCUGUGGUUGUCGCGGAAGCAGCAGCGGUAGCCGCGGCAAGGGGGAAUGGAAAACGAGUUAGACCUCACGGGAUGACGACCGCAGCUGACGCGGAAGAGAAUGACGAGUUGGACGAUGAUGACUAUAACGAGGACGACGAAGAUAAUUACGGAGAUGAAAAUAACAAUACCGAGUCGGAUGUUCCAGAUAUGGCGGGUAUCCGCGUUAGCGUCAAACCACGGACUGGCAGCGGCGGUGCGGGAGGGAAGGAGGUUCCGCGGGGACCCGUGCCGGCGACGCGCGGAGUGCGCGUGAACGUGCAGGCGGCGCACGUGAAGGCGUUUGCGCGCAUGCUGGUGCGGCAGCAGCAGCAGGUGGUGGCGGAGACCCGCUUGAGCGAGCGCAACAUGCUGUACAGUGACAUUGGGAUCGGAUCAAAGCAAAAGUGGCAGCAGCAGCAGCAGGUGGUGGCGGAGACCCGCGUGAGCGAGCGCAACAUGCUCUACAGUUACAAGUUUGCAGCCAAUGGCUUCGCAGCGCGCCUCACGCAAGCAGACGUUAGGAGAUUAAAGCGCCACGCCAUGGUCGCUGACGUCACCAGGAGUUACGGCGUCCGGUCCGCUACCACCUACACACCGAGAUUUUUGCAGCUGCCCGGAUCCAUGUGGAAAUCUAGCGGCGGGGGGAGCCGGGCAGGUGAAGGAGUCGUGAUCGGCGUGGUGGACACUGGAAUAUGGCCCGAGCACCCUUCGUUCCGAGUAGCUAACUCCUCGCACGUGUACCCGCGCCCGCCGCGCCGGUGGGCGGGCAAAUGCGUGCGCACGCGCGACUUCCCCGCGUCACGGUGCACGCGCAAGCUGGUGGGCGCGCGCUUCUUCUCGCGCGCGUACGAGGCGCAGGGCGGCGUGGUGGACACGCAAUACGACUUCCGCUCGCCGCGCGACGCGGACGGCCAUGGCACGUGGUGUGCAGGCACAGCAGCAGGCACGGGCGGCACGCCCGUACUCACAUCCGAGCGCCCCCCCGUGCGCUCGCUCGGUAUCGCGAGUGGCAUGGCACCCGGCGCGCAUCUCGCAGUCUACAAAGUCCUCUGGACCAACGCCACUCUCGCCGGCUACGGCGAGCUGGCAGACGUGCAUUACGCCAUAGACCGGGCUAUUAAAGACGGGGUUGACGUGCUGUCACUGUCGCUGGGUGGUUUGGGUCCGGAUCAGCAUUACUUUGAUGAUUUGCUGUAUCUGCUGGCGAAUCAGGCGGGCAUGGUGGUGGUUACGGCGGCCGGGAAUCUAGGCCCGGCGCCGAACCUGGGGUUGUGGAACCGGUUUGGGAUCUACCGCACGAUUAGUAACUUCUCGCCGUUUUACCUGACUGUGGGGGCGAGCUCCAUAGGACGGCGUUUCCUCAUGGAGCUGAGGCUGGGCAGUGGGCUCAGUGGGCUCAGUGGCUCCAUAGGACAGCGUUUCCUCACGGAGCUGAGGCUGGGCGGUGGGCUCAGUGGGUGGUGUUCGCCUCUGGACUCCAUAGGCCGCCGGUUCCUCACGGAGCUGAGACUGGGCAGUGGCAGGGUGGUGUACGCCUCUGGAGUGGGCUCGGGCACCUAUGCCACGCGCCGCCUGCCGCUGCUCUCUGCUGCUGACGCUGCCGGCCCCGAAAGCUCUCUGGAAGGGGCCACCCACUGCCUACCGGAAUCGCUCUCCCCUGCACGAGCACGGGGAGCCAUAGUCCUCUGCACGCGGGGCAUGGUGGGAGUCCAAGACAAGCUGCGCUCAGUGGCAGCAGCCGGAGGAGUAGCCAUGAUCCUUGCAAACGAAGACGGAGGCUUAAUCGACCUCAACACCCUCUCUGCCACGGCCGGCGCGCCCAUCCCGUUCAUCCACGUCAAUCUCGCGCAGGCUCGGAUCAUCCGAGCCUACAUCCAGAACACGCCCAAACCUACUGCGACCAUCAUGGCCCGGUGCCACAUUUUGGAAAACGCCGCGCCGCCCAUGAUUGCAUCGUUCUCCUCCACUGGCCCCACGGUGAACCCGAGGACCCGCUGCACUUGCAGCACCCGCAGCAGCCACAGCUUCGGCCACGUCAGCCCAGAGGGCCGGGAGGAGCGCGUGUGA